UUUUUUUUUUUUCUUUUUACAGCGCUCAAUGAAACCCAUCAUGUCUCUCUUUGGGCAAGCACGACCAAUGGCCGCCGGUAUCGACCCGCAAUGUCUGGAAGAGUACGCCCUCAACCCCGAGGCGCGUCGUGACCUCGUCCAGAGCUACAACCCAGGCACAGCUGAAUACUAUCUCCUCAGAUUGCGCCUGCUCUCUCAGGAACUGCAGGACCCGUCAUCUCCCAUCACGCUCGAGAAAAUUGAGGAGGCAACCAAUCUGCUGAGUCAAGCAGAAGUGCUCGAUGAUUAUCCAAAGACGCCCGAACUGAAGCAAUUCCGAUCGCAGCUCGCAUUACUAGCAUACUCGGUCAAGCCAGAGUUGCUGCUUGAGCAGCUCAAGUUCAACCCUGACUCUGUGACGCACUUGAACAGCAUUAAUCCUGCUGAGAAUGAGGAACAGGAAGGGGGAUCGGGAUCUGCAGUGGGAGGGAACCCACAGGGUCUUUGCGACUUGUUACCGACCGUAUUGGACAACUCCGCGAUCGAGGCCAGCGUCCUUCUAGAUCGACUUUUGGAUGAACUAACCACUUUCUCAUCAUCGACGUGUGUCCCCUAUCUGGCGUGGCCUCAUGUACUAUCCCAUCCCAAAGCAGAAAACCUGCUGCUGCAAGUGAUGCCUAUCGAUAAUUUACGGAAGCUAUUCGCGAUGAUGGAGGUGACGUGUUCCCCUCAAAGCCUUACUAUCGUUGGUCAGACCGACGUGAGUCGAGUCGACGAGCUGGUGGUCAAGGUGCUCUUGCGGUUGUACCAGGAAAGGAAGUUGGAUUUCACGCACGAAGUACGACAGUUCAAGUUUUUAACCAGUGCACAGCUGGAGAUGAUCAAGACCCAGGUCCCCAGUGUGAUGAUGAAUGAAGGAUUUGUGGGCCUGCUCGAGAAACGCAUCCUGCCACGCGUGUUUGCGGACUCGGAGGAAAGCCGUCAGGGCGCGGUGUAUGGAGAGUGGUUGGCGAGGAUGGUUGAAUUUGUGGACACGCUGGCACCAAAGUUCAAUCGGUACAAGAUGGCAGUCUACUUGAUGAGCUUGGAAUUUGAUCUUGCAAAAGGAGUCAUGGACAAGGACAAGUUCAUGGGAUAUAUCCGUAUUCCUCGCAACCACAACAGUUACAACAACGAAAUGGUGAAAUGGGCUACCAAGGAAAAUCAGCUUGUCGACACAAACAACAGCCGACGCUUGGAGUUCUGGUCAAGCCGAGUUCAACCUGUGACAAAGGCGCGCGAUGAGGAGGUCGUGAAGGAACAUCUCUCGUAUUUCAUGCGUCAGGAAAAGUCCACUGCAGAUUAUGAGUCCUUUUUUGAGGUCAACUCCUUCCUGUAUCCUCUGCUGGCCAGGGUCAUGCUGACUUCUGGAGACCAAGAUAUUGCAAAAUGGUCGAGCAUGCUGCCAUUUUACGAUGACCUCUCCAAGCUGACGGAACAAACCAUCAUUGAGUUUGCACCAAACAACCCUGAGACAUUUCUACCCUCCGAGCCUGUUGUAUUCAGACUUAAAGUCAAGAAUGCCAAGCGUAUCUUGGUGCGCGUAUUCGAGGUCAAGACAUUGGAAUACUUGCAGCAGUAUGAAGGACCAGUAGGUCAAGCCCUGAAUCUCGAUGGGUUGACGCCGAACUGGGAGCACACUUUGACAUCGGAUUAUCCUUCCCUCGAGAUCCACGACCUGACAAUUAAACUACCGGAGCUCGCAGACCGUAGAGGCUCGUUUGUCAUGGAUGUCAUCAGCAAUGGCGGAAACAGUACCGCCUAUUUCACCAAGGGAAAUCUUGAUUACAUUGAGAGACAGAGCGUUGCUGGGCAUAUUCUCACUAUCAUUGACGAGAACAUGAAAAAAGUCACUGAAAAUGUUAGUAUUUGGCUCAAUGGAAUUUAUUACCAGACGAACGAGGAUGGAGACAUCGUCAUUCCAUACCGUAAACCUUCGACGGACGCGGGAAAGGACAUUUACAUCACGCACAAUGACUUUACAAACCGCCGCCCUUUCGUUCAUCACGCAGAGUCCUAUAGUAUGACACUCUCCUAUUAUGUUGACCAAGAGUCUCUCUUGGCUGGAUCUAUUGCCAAGAUCCUGCUGAAGCCCAUUGUCAAGAUCAACAGUGUCGAUGUGAUCUGUCCAGUGGACUUGCUGGAGCAAGUUUCGCUGGAAGUAGUGUUGAGUGACACCAAUGGCAUCGAUAGCAUCACCACGGUACCUGAAUUCAAAGUCCAUGACGCCGACUGGUCAGAGUACAAAUUCCAGGUCCCGGAGAACCUCAGUCUGGUGAAAUUAGCACUGUCAGCCAAGAUCAAAGUCCUCUCCACAGGCGAGUUCGAGGACUUGUCUGACAGCAAGGACUUUUCUAUCGAAGAAAACUGCGCAGAUCAAGUGGUGACCGUCCAGCUGAAGAAUCAGAAGCAGGAUGUGCAGAUCGAUGGAGAGAUCUUAACAGUGCUCAGGAAGACAGACCAUGGCAAUAAAGGCUACGAGAUCCUCGUCAUGGGCAAGAAUGGUGAGAAGAGACCCAACAUUCCCUUGGAGUUCGAGUUUAAUCAUCCGAUUUGGCCGAACCCGCUCGACAUAUAUCUUCGCUCGGAUGCAGAUGGUAUUAUCCUUUUAGGUGAUCUGCAGGAGAUUACCAGCUUCGACUGCAAAACCAGUGAUGUCUCCUGGGAUCUCCAGUUUCAAGUGAAAUACCCGGAUGUCAUUCAUGGUAUCGCUGGCGAGCCAGUGCGCGUGCCAUGUAGCCGAACGAGCGCAUUUUACAUCCGCUCAGUGUCACUCUUUAGGUGUUCCAUGGGUACUUGGACAGAUCAGUGUUAUCUGGAGGAUGCUACGAAUAAGAUCAAGCUGUCGGAUGGAAUGCUCACUGUCUCAGACUUGACCACGGGCUACUACACCCUGCGGAUCGGAGAUGUAUCCAUUGAUCUGGUUAUCUCAAACCCAAAGACCUCUCAGCACAUAACGGGCAUCCUGGAGAAGUUCCAUAUCGAAUCCAAUCCUAUGCUGGAGAUCUUGGACAGCGCCAAAUACCCUCUCUUCUUGUCGCCGACCACCGUCGACAACAGUGAUCAACUUCCGAAAAUCAAUAUCAGGGUUCAUAAUUGGACUCCAGAAACGAGGGUUUGUGUUAUCGCCUCAAAGUUCGUACCCAACAAACCCAUGAUCGAAAAUAUGGCCGUCGUGGAGUUCGAACGCCUUUGGAGCAAGGAGCAAGCGGAGCGAACUUCAACGACCUAUCGAACAGGCAGGAUUCUAGGCGAGGAAUACCAGUACAUCCUGAACAGGAAGGCUCAGUCAAAACAUUGGGCUGGAAACCUUUUGACUAAGCCGAGUGUCUUGUUGACCCCUUGGAGCAUUGGAGAUACCACAGCAGCGGAGCAAGAAAUGGCGGAUCAAAAUCUCGCCAACGUGAGGGGGAAAUCUACUGCGUUUGGGAACUCAUCCUAUCGUGGACGAGGCCUAGGUAAGGGAGGUGCUCGCCGCAUGCGCUCGUUCUUGCCGCAUGGAGCACCUCAGCUGAUCAGCUUCCUGGCCAACCCUAGCGCGGUACUGGCAAAUCUAAUCCCGGACCCAAGCACUAGUGUCGUGACGGUUCCGUAUACCGAAAUCAAGGAGGGAAGCUUUCUGCAGAUUCUCGUUACGGAUGGUGCUCAGGCUGUACAGGAUUUCUUUGUGGUUCAAGACUUGGUAAAGACUCCGAUACAAAAGCGGGAUCUGCGAUUCAGGAGUCCUUUGGAUCACACCAAGCACUACAUUGGUGAGAGGACCGGUAUCAAUCUGGACCCCAAGCUCAGCAGCGCUGGUGCCGCCUCAACGGAGCCCCAUUGUAUCACCUUGGCAUCUAGUGGGAGCUCUUCAUCGGCAGUACGUGUGAUCAACUCUGUGGGCCAGGUAUAUGAUCUGAUGAUGACACUCUUGGAAACGGAACAAAACAAACAGAACCUGAGAAAGUUCGGGUUUAUUGUGGAUUGGCACCGGUUCUCGAAGGCAGUCAAGGAUGAAAAGUAUUCAAAAUGGAAUUGUCAUGAGCUCAACUUAUUCUUGUACAAGAAGGACAAGCCCUACUUCGAUGAAGUCGUCGCUCCCUUCAUUAAGAACAAAUUGGUGAAGUCAUUUAUGGACGAUUACCUGAUCGGAGCAUCGUUGGAGAAGUAUACCGCGUUGAAAGAGUUUGACUUUCUGUCGUGUUUGGAAAAGUGCCUGCUAGCCCAUCGCAUCCCUCGACUCAAGCACUCGGUCGCGCAAUGGAUUCGAAGCAGAGUGCACAACACCAAAGUGGCCAGUGAUGUAAAGCUGUUCAGGACCGUCAUGAACUCCGGAGCCAUCGAGGAAUUGAAGCCUUCCUCGCCUGACUUGCGGAAGGAGAAGGAAGUAGACCUCAUGGGUUCAAGGUCUGAAGGAGGUGGAGGCGAUGCUGGUUCAGACAAGGGGGCUGAAGACUUUGAGAUGGUUGAAAGUGCCCCUUUAGGGGCCAGUGUGAUGAACGCUCAACGUUCAACAGUAGCCACUGCAAGUCUCUUUGGAGCGCCGGCUGGAUCAGCGCCAGGUGGUGGCGGUUUUGGCGGUUUUGGCGGUUUUGGUACUCAAGCUGCUCCAGGUUCAAGUUCAAUUUUUGGCUUUCAAGCUCCACCCGCCCCUCAGGCUCUAGCUGCGCCCAUGACUAGCGCACUAUUCUGUGCCGCAUCAGCACCUCCUCCACCUCUACACGAUGGUGUAUCGUAUUCUCCUACCUCGCCGUCGUACUCACCUACCUCACCGCCGUACAUACCCGUAUCUCCAUCAGCACCUGUGUUUGGAGGCGCAGGAGCAGCGGCUCAGAGCCAGUCCAACUCUGGAAACCCUGCACACCACUCGUUGAGAAUUCAGGCCGAACAAAAGCUACAAAGCCAGUUCAAGCCCGUGGAUUUGACAAAAGAGAUGGCCGAGACCUAUUACUGGGGACGUCAGGAUAAGAGUGGGACUAGCAGCAGCACGGAUGUAAAUGCGUUCUGGUUGGACUUUGUCGAAUGGGAUGAGUCCUCUGGAGGGUCGUUCCUGUCGCAGAACUUUGUGGUCAAUACACAGACGUUUACAUCCGCGAUGGCAACAAUUGCCCUACUGGGCGUGACCUUCAAGCCUAAGGAGGCAAUUGUGAAGCGCAGUGUUGAUCACAGUCUGACGGUCUCUUCGCUCUCGCCUGCGAUUGUGUUCCAUUCGUCCACCAAGGAGCUGAGCGAGACGCUUAUUACCGGAUCGGUCCUAAUCACGCAGCAAUACUUUGGAAUACUGGACCAGAAGGAGUACGACUCGAAAUUGAUGACCAAUGUGAGGAAAUAUAUCCAGCCUAGCACUGAGAUGAGGCCGCUGAUAUCUUAUGGGGCUCAUGUCGUUCUGAUGAACGCAACACCAAGCCCUAUGAAGCUGCAUGUUGAAGUCCAGCUGCCCUAUGGAGCGAUCUCUAUCCACAGCCCUCUGGAGUCUGGCCAGGACAUUCAGCUGGAAGCGCACCGGACCUUCCAGUACGAGUAUAGCUUUUAUUUCCCCGAAGAGGGUGAUUUUCCGCAUUACCCGGCUCACGUCUCGAACUAUGAGGACAUUGUUGCAUUUGCUUCACCGUCGGUCCUCAAGGUUCGCACAGCUAACACCGGUCAGUCCAAGGAAACGGUCGACACCACCACUUGGAACUAUGUCCUCACUCGGGGCAGUCAAGAGGAUGUGCUUUCUAAACUGGCGAUUGAUCCCUUGGACGGUAUGCGGGUUGAACAGUUAAUCCCGCGGUUGUAUCGCGACAAGACAUUCUUGAGACGCGUUACUGGCGUGCUAAGGGAUCGACACGAAUACAAUGACCGCAUUUGGAGCGUGAGUUUGGUCCUGAAGGGUGAUGAGGCGUACCAGCUGCAGCUGGUGAGGGAGUACGUGGCGAAUCAAGAGAUUACGCAAAAAGUCGGGUACUGGUUUACGUCGGCUUUGUUGACACGUAGACCGGAGAGCCACUACGAGUCUGUAAAGGACGCGUUCCAUUACCUAGAGUACUUCCCACUUAUCAAUGCGCGAGCACACAAGGCGACAAAGAAGACGACCAUUCUUAAUGGCCGAUUCAAGGCCCAGUACGAGAGGUUCUUGACCCUGUUGAGUCAAAAACCUUAUCAAGACGUGGAUGAUCUCCUUAUCCUCAUCGUCUACCUUCUGGCCCAGGAUCGAAUUCUCGAGGCCAAGACCCAUUUUGUCAAGUUAUCGGCCUUGGUUACCGAGGGCAAUCUCGAGAACGAGCUGGAAGGCCAACAUAAUUUCCAGCAGAUCCAAUACGACUAUCUCCGAGCAUAUCUCAGUCUGUGCGUCGAAGUCGAGGUGGAUACUGACACGACCGGUGCGGACCUUGAUCUAGAAGGAAUCCAGGUCAUUGUGGACAAGUAUCAGGACUACCCAGUUCAGCGAUGGAACCGAUUGUUCAAGGAAAUGAAGAUUUACGUGGAUGAGAUUUUGCGAGCCUCGAUGGACACCCCGGCUUCUGCUGAAGAUGAUGACACUGUGAUGGUAAGCGCGACCCAGGAGGCUUCUUUGAUCUCUACCGGCGAUGACACUGAGAAGACCGUGCCUGUUACUGUCGAGUUCAAGAUUGGAUCUAACAGUCAAGUCGUAAUCCAUCAUCGUGGAGUCGGAGAGGUCAUGGUCGAGUACUACGUGAUUGAUGCGGAGACGAUGUUCUCGGCCUCGCCUCUGACGUUCAGCGAUCAAGGCCAGAGCGAGACCAACUUUGCGGCGAACAAGUCUCAGGCUGCAGGAGCGUCUUCUUCUUCUGGUAGUGGUUGGAGAACGAAUGGAGUGAUGCAGGCACGGCUUCAGAACCUACAGCAUAACACCCCUUUUACAACUCAGUUCCGACCGUCGCCACCUUCAUCGUCGUCUGCGGAUUCGACAAGUUAUCGACUUGUGAAGCCCAAUGGAGUCGACAAGCAUACGGUGGAGCGUGCGGUUUCGGAUGUCGGAGUGUUGAGGGUUCCGAUUUUGGACAAAUAUGUGAACACGAACGUGAUGAUCUCGGUGACGACUGUGCCUCCGGCGGCGACGAAGACCUGGAAGGCAUACUACUCGCAGACGAUUUCGGUACAGGUGCAGGAGCUUUCUGGCACGAUUAGGGUAGUGACGAAGUCUGCGGCCGAGAAGGAGGAGGAGUUGAGCGAGGAAGAGGAGGGAGAGGGAAACGUUCGUCGGGCGAAGCGCGUUAGGCACAACAAGAACCGCCGUAGGGGUGAAGCGAUCCGUGGUGGAUAUGUGAAAGUUUACGCGGAGAUGAAGAAUGGGCCGAGGGAUACGGUGUUCUGGAAGGAUGGGUACACUGAUCUAGUGGGCCGAUUCGAUUAUGCGACGGUGUCGACGGGUGCGAGUACGGGUGCUAAAAGCGAUAAGGAUGGUGGGUUGGCGGGUGUGAAGCGGUUUGUGCUGUUUGUGGACGGUGGUAAGGAGGGAUGCGUGGUCAAGACAGUGCCUGUACCAUCUGCUUGA